CCCCUGAGCUCUCUUAUUAUUGUCAAAAUAUGAUUUCUUCAGAGUAAAGCUUGUUAUCACAUUCUUUUUUUCUUUUUUAGAUAGGUUCUUUAACCCAGGCAGGUUUUGAAUUCCUUAUGGAGUCUAGGAUGACCUUGAACUUCUGUUCUCCUGCCUUAGAGUGCUGUGAUAAUAGGCAUGCAUGGACCUCUUUCAUGAUAGGCCAGUGCUCUAUCAGCUGAUCUCCCUCACAGUCAUUUCUGUGCAUUGCCAUCACAGGCUCCCAUGGGAAAUGGAGCAGAGAAGCUAGCUGUCUUUGAGAGAUUCCUUUUUAGCUCUUCUAGCUUCCAGACUGUUCUAUUAAGUAGAAGCACACUGAAACUAUCUAAAGCUGUGUUUGAGGAUGUAUGCAAGGCAUUCAGCCACAAGUCUAAUUUGACUUGGUGAAAAAGGUCCUAGACAUAAAUAAAUAAUAAAAUUGUAAGCAUGGCUGAAGUAUCUGAGAUAUGGAUGUCACCUAACCCUGGGCCCAAAAUAGCAUUUUACAAAAUGACUUGUUUCUGGGUUUUGUUAUUAUUUUAUUUUUGUUUCUGUUUUUCUCUGUAGUAUUAAGGAUUGAACCCAGGAUGUGCUAGACAAGUGCUUGCUUCCCACUGAGCUAUGCCUUCAGCUCCCUAUAGGUCUAUGAAGGGCUAGAUAUCAUCACCAAUAAGGUCUCUGCCCAAGAGCAGAAGAUGUGCCAGCACCACAUGCUGAGCUUUGUGGAUCCACUUGUGACCAGCUACACCGUGGUGGACUUUAGGAACAAAGCAACUGCUCUGAUUGAAGAUAUUUUUGCUCGAGACAAAAUUCCCAUUGUGGUGGGAGGAACCAAUUAUUACAUUGAGUCUCUGCUCUGGAAAGUUCUUGUUACUACCAAGCCCCAGGAGAUGGGCACCGGGAAAGAGGUGGAUCGGAAAGUAGAGCUUGAAAAGGAAGAUGGUCAUGAACUCCAUAAACGGCUAAGCCAGGUGGACCCAGAAAUGGCCGCCAAGCUACACCCACAUGACAAACGCAAAGUGGCCAGGAGCUUGCAAGUGUUUGAAGAGACAGGAAUCUCUCACAGUGAAUUCCUUCAUCGUCAACACGCAGAGGAAGGCGGUGGUCCUCUCGGAGGCCCUCUCAAGUUCCCUAACCCCUGCAUCCUCUGGCUCCAUGCUGACCAGGCAGUUCUAGACGAGCGCUUGGAUAAGAGAGUGGAUGACAUGCUUGCUGCCGGACUCUUGGAAGAGCUGAGAGAUUUUCACAGACGCUAUAAUCUUAAGAACGUUUCAGAAAAUAGCCAGGACUAUCAACAUGGUAUCUUCCAGUCAAUUGGCUUCAAGGAAUUUCACGAGUUCCUGACCACUGAGGGGAAAUGCACACCAGAGACUAGUAGCCAGCUUCUAAAGAAAGGUGUUGAGGCUCUGAAACAAGUAACUAAGAGAUAUGCCCGGAAACAGAACCGAUGGGUUAAAAACCGCUUUUUGAGCAGACCUGGUCCCAGUGUUCCCCCGGUAUAUGGCUUAGAAGUAUCUGAUGUUUCCAAGUGGGAGGAGUCUGUUCUGGAACCUGCUCUCAAUAUAGUACAAAGUUUCAUCCAGGGUCACAAACCUACAGCCACUCCAGUGAAGAUGCCAUACAAUGAAAGUGAGAACAAGAGAAGUUACCACAUGUGUGACCUUUGUGACCGGAUCAUCAUUGGGGACCGGGAGUGGGCAGCACAUAUAAAAUCCAAAUCUCACUUGAACCAACUGAAGAAAAGAAGAAAGUUGGACUUAGACGCUGUCAGUGCCAUAGGAAGCCAAAGUAAUUCCCUAGACUGUGACCCGGAACACAGAGAGGGGGAAUCCUCAGGGCAGCAGGAUCAAGAGCUGAAUGCCAGUGUGUGAGAGACAUGCCUAGUGGCCUUUGCAGAGAUGUGGGGAUCAAGUCCAGGAGGGAGGGAAGUGUUGCUCUCCCACGCCUGGACUGAGGAACGCUGGGCAGAAGGCCCCACCAUCUUCUUUCAUUCUGUGCUGUGGUCUGCAGUGGAAACAGCAGGCCUUUCUGUUCCUUGUGUGCCUGUUGUGUCUGGUAAUGAUUGUAGUUCAGAGUGGGAUUUUUUUUCUUUGAACCUUAAAGGUUUUAUUUUAGAAAGAGGCACAGAUUGCACAUUUUCUACUUGAGGAUCCUUUUUAGUGGUGAAUACCAAGAUUCAGUACAUCCUUUAAAAGAGAGUUCUUGUCCCUGGCGCUGGCUAAAAAUAUCUCAUUUCCAGAUGCUUUUGUAGAUGACUGAAGUAUUGUAAGUCACAGUCAGGAGUUCUGGACUUGAGAACGGCAGGAAGGAGUGGCCCAGAGAGAUGAUUAAGCGAGUUUCCUAGCUCUGUGAAUCUACAGAAGAGGGGGUCGGGCUGAGGUGGUUGUGACCUGGAUCUUGAAGACUAAAGAAAGAAUCUGACUGAGCCUGUUGAGCUGCUCCUAUGCACGGUGGCUGUCAUUGCUGUUCAGCUAAGGCAGAAAUCUGUAGAUUCUUUUGAAAUGUAAAUAAAAAGAUUUGUAAAAGCCC